AUGUCUGACCUAGAAGACGAAAUUCUUGCACUCGCCGGUGACGUUAGCGAAAACUCAAAACGUUCUGAACAAGCUUCUGAGCCGGAAGGGUCACAAUCUGGAUCAAGUGAAGAGAGUAGACGUGUUUCUGGACAAAAAAGAAAGAGUAGAAGUUCGAGAUCUCCUUCACCUGAUGGUGAGGCUGGUAAAGACAAACGCCGAAGAGGUUCUCCUGGUGAAUAUGGUCCAGAUUUGUAUCGUGAUAGAAGUGAUAGAGAAAGGUUAGGUACCCUAAAUGAACUUGCAAGAGAAAGGAUCUUGGCGGACAGAGCAGAAAAGAAACAACACCACUUGGAUCUACACGCCGUUCAACAAUUAUUUGAUCCAUUAGACGAUAAAUCUAAAAGAUCCUCUCGUGCAAAGAAUUCAAGUAAAAAGUCAUUUAGUGAACUCAAACGUCGACGUGCUGAAAAGGAACAAAAAACAAAAUCCGGUUCUCAAAGUCCCGAACUUGGAGAACAUGUCUCAUCAUCAAAUGAUGAAUAUGAAGGUGGUGAAAAAGAUAGCAAUGAUACUCAAGAAGACGUUACAUUACAAGAAUUGAGAACUAUCCAGGUAUCUCGACAUAUGCUUGUCAAUUGGAUGUUUGCUCCAUUUUUGGCAGAUGCUGUAGUAGGAUGUUUUGUUCGAUUGCAUAUCGGAGAUAGGGAAGAUAAACAAGUAUAUCGUUUGUGUGAGAUUGAAGGCGUUGAAACUACAGAAAAUAAGUACUAUGUUGACAAGACUAUUACAAAUAAAGUUCUCCGACUUAGGCAUGCGGAUGCUACUAAAUGUUGGCCUAUGGAUAUUGUAUCCAAUCAAUAUGUUGAUCAAUCAGAAUUUGAGCGUUGGUUAAUUACUAUGAAGUACCACAAUUUGGAAUUACCGUCGAAGGAUCAUAUUUCGCGCAAACAAGAAGCUCUAAAUACGGCUAAAGAAUAUAUCCUCACUGAAAAAGAUGUUGAAAAUAUUGUUCAACAAAAGAAAGCCCUACGUGGCGAAAAGAAGGAGUUGACGAUUGAGAAAUCAAAUUUAACAACCCUCAAAUAUUUUGCAGAGGUUAGAGGAGAUAUUAAGGAAGCUAAGGAAUUAGAUACAAGGAUACAAGAGAUUAGUAAAGAACUUACCGAACGUGAUCCAACAGAGGACGUUUGGGCGCGUAUUAAUGCUAGAAACAAAAAGCAAAAUAAAGAGGAUGCACGUGCGGCGGAACAGCGCAGAAUAGAACUUGCCAAAGGAAUCAAAAGAUACGUUCCGCAUGAGAUCAAAAAAGAACCCAAGGUCAAGAAUCCUAAAGGAGAAGAAUUUAAAGACAAUGAACAGACAAAGAGAAUGUGUGAAUUUAAAAAAUUAAUUUAUAUUUCCGACAUUCCGCUCACAUUAAAGAAAGAUCCUUAUUGGGAUUAUGAUAGGGAAAUUGAGAAAGUUGAAGCGGAAUAUUCCAUUAAAUACAUGCAAUUCCGUGAACGUAUCGAUUCCAAUCGUUUUUCAUCGUUCCGAGAACUUAUGCAAAGUAAUCCAUCUGAACAAAUGAGCCUUCUUUCCGCACAUAUGCUUUAA